CUCGGCGGCGGCGGCGGCGGCAGAGGCGGCAGCGCUCGCCAUUGCCGCUGGUGGCAGGAGGCUGCGAGGAGCCGGCGCGGUCGCAGUCUCCACGGCGCAGGCCCACGGUAGCGCAGCCGCUCUGAGGUAGAAUAAUAUGUGGUACAUAGGUACCAAACUUCGUUCCCCAUUUACCCAUUGAUGGACACUUGGGUAGCUUCCACCUUUUGGCUAUUAUGAAUAAUGCUGCUAUGAACAUGGGUAUGCACGAAUCUCUUUGAGAUCCUGCUUUCAGUUCUUCUGGUAGAUCUUCAUGGAGGAACACGGAGUGACCCAGACUGAACACAUGGCUACCAUAGAAGCCCACGCAGUGGCUCAACAAGUCCAGCAGGUCCAUGUGGCCACUUACACCGAGCAUAGUAUGCUGAGUGCUGAUGAAGACUCCCCCUCGUCCCCUGAGGACACUUCUUAUGAUGACUCAGAUAUACUUAACUCCACAGCAGCUGAUGAGGUAACGGCCCAUCUGGCUGCUGCAGGUCCUGUGGGAAUGGCUGCUGCUGCUGCUGUGGCAACCGGGAAGAAACGGAAACGGCCUCAUGUGUUUGAGUCUAAUCCAUCUAUCCGGAAGAGGCAGCAAACACGUUUGCUUCGGAAGCUUCGAGCCACAUUAGAUGAAUAUACUACUAGAGUGGGACAGCAAGCAAUUGUCCUCUGUAUAUCACCCUCCAAACCCAAUCCUGUCUUCAAAGUAUUUGGUGCAGCACCUUUGGAGAAUGUGGUGCGAAAGUACAAGAGCAUGAUCCUGGAAGACCUGGAGUCUGCUCUGGCAGAACACGCCCCUGCGCCACAGGAGGUUAACUCGGAGCUGCCACCUCUUACCAUCGAUGGGAUUCCAGUCUCUGUGGACAAAAUGACCCAGGCCCAGCUUCGGGCAUUUAUCCCAGAGAUGCUCAAGUACUCCACAGGUCGGGGAAAACCAGGCUGGGGAAAAGAAAGCUGCAAGCCCAUUUGGUGGCCCGAAGACAUUCCAUGGGCGAAUGUCCGGAGUGAUGUCCGCACAGAAGAGCAGAAGCAGAGGGUUUCAUGGACCCAGGCACUACGGACCAUAGUUAAAAACUGUUACAGACAACAUGGGCGGGAGGAUCUUUUGUAUGCUUUUGAAGAUCAGCAAACACAAACACAGGCCACCACCACGCACAGUAUAGCCCAUCUUGUACCAUCACAAACUGUGGUGCAGACCUUCAGCAACCCAGACGGCACUGUCUCGCUUAUCCAGGUUGGUACAGGGGCAACAGUAGCCACAUUGGCUGAUGCUUCAGAACUGCCAACCACAGUCACUGUUGCCCAAGUGAAUUAUUCUGCUGUGGCUGAUGGAGAGGUAGAACAAAAUUGGGCCACAUUACAAGGAGGUGAGAUGACUAUCCAGACAACGCAAGCAUCAGAGGCCACCCAGGCUGUAGCAUCAUUGGCAGAGGCCGCAGUGGCAGCUUCUCAGGAGAUGCAACAGGGAGCUACUGUCACCAUGGCACUCAACAGCGAAGCUGCUGCCCAUGCUGUCGCCACCCUGGCUGAAGCCACCUUACAAGGCGGGGGACAGAUAGUCCUGUCUGGGGAAACCGCAGCAGCCGUUGGAGCACUUACUGGAGUCCAAGAUGCUAAUGGGCUGGUCCAGAUCCCUGUGAGCAUGUACCAGACUGUGGUAACCAGCCUCGCCCAGGGCAACGGCCCAGUGCAGGUGGCCAUGGCUCCAGUGACCACCAGGAUAUCGGACAGCGCAGUCACCAUGGACGGCCAGGCUGUGGAGGUGGUGACAUUGGAACAGUGACAUGCAGCCAUAACAUGGCGUCGUUUUCUAGUCUACUUCAACAUUUUUUACACAUUUGCAGAGGUGCAAUCAAAUGGAAUUAAGUCUCUCAACUUUGGAAGAAAAGUUUUGUUAACUUUUUUUUUUUAAAGGAUGAAAGGCAGCAGAUUUUGGAAUUGAAUUUUUUAAAGCACCACUCUUGAUUUUCUGGGAUUGGUGAAGUAAGAAACUGCACUAUUUCACUGUCCCAAAAAAGCCAAAUUGUGGCAGGACUUCUUUCUGCGGGACGUGUGUGUGUGUGUGUGUGUGUGUGUGUGUGUGUGUUUGUGUGUGUGUGUGUGUGUGUGAGUAUAUAUGUAUAUGUGUACAUAUGGACAUACACAUUUACAUAUAUAAAGUAUAUAUAUACAUAUAUAUAUAUAUAUAUAUUGAAACCCACAUGAAAUAACCUGUAUGAAUCAAGGUGAGCUGUGGAAAGAAUAAUUCACCCAGUUUAGUGGGUGAUAGGGUACGUGGGCAGACACAGCCACCUGGUUUUUGUUCAUACCAGGGUCAUGCGUUGAGCUACUGACAAACUCAGGCAGAGGUGACCAUGCCCUUCACCAAAGCUGCCUCCCAGUGGCCGCCCAGAACUCCCUGCUGGACUCACCUGAGGAAGGAGGUUCCGGGACGAGGCGGGGGUCCAGAAAGCGCUCGCAGGCCCGUGUGGUCUGCAGCUAAGACACUCCUCCUCAGGCUGGUCCAGGUGCUGAACUUGCCAUGGGCAGGCGAAUGUCCUGAAGGGGUCCCAGGCUGGGGCAAGAAGGUGUCCUCAGCCUCCCGUCUCCUCUUUCAGGAAAUCCUUCUUGAUCUCAUGACUAUUGAAGAGUUGCUUUGGCUUUAAGGUCAAUCCUGAAUUGGUCAUGUAUAUGUAUAUGAACUGGAGCAGAAGUAUUAAGGGUCUGAAGAGUGCGUGUUGAGCGUGCUUGUGGAUGUGGGGGAGAGGGGAGGGGAAGAGGUGGGAGGAGCAGAAGGGAAAGGAAGGAGAGAAAGAAAAAUUAGAGAGCAGGAUGCACCAAGGGGAACCAUUUUCUCCAACUGUAUGAAGCUAUAACUUGACAGAGGAAAUUGUGAUGAACGGGGACCCCUGGCUGGGGAAGCAGCGGCAUCCUGAUUCAGCCCCAGCUUCAGGCCUCUGUAAGCUGUGUCCCCUGCAUUCUUCCGAACUGUUAAAUCCUCUGCUUUCCUGGUUGCAAGCCCUGAGCCUCCAGUGGCUAAAUUCAUCUGACUUUUUGACAGGCCAAAUCUCUGCUCCUUCAGUUACAGGGAGUUAACAGUUCCUCCUCCUAAGUCCCCACAUGUGUGUGACCGUGUAUUUAAUGUGGUUGGUUUUAUUUUUUUUUUAAUGCGACAUUAAAAGAGUCUUCAUGUCUUGCUCAGCCUUUGAGAAAAGUUGCAGAUUCUUGUAUUUGCUUGUUUUAUAUAAAACUACCCAAUGUUCUUUGUAUGUUCUUUCUGUACGUAAUGGGAGGGAGGGUAGGGAAAUUUACAUAUAAACAGUCCUAGUUCUAUAAUUUGUUAUUUUUUUAAUUAUUAUUUUUUAUUGUCAUUGUGAAGCUGUCCAGGGGCUUUAAAGUCCAUGUUCCUUUGUGAUGAAAUAACUUCCCAAUAGUUUGAGAAAUGGCCAAGAAGAAAAGGAAAAAAAAAAAAAA